AGUCAUCAGCAGCUGGGAAUGUGUGUGUGUGUGUGUUGGGCACAGAUAGAGAGACAGACAUCAGUAGGUAGUCAGGGAGCAGUGUGAGCAGGCUCAAGGCAGCUGUCAAUGUCCAAGCACAACUUUGUGUUCAGCUCCCGGUCUCUCCGCUCCCUGGAGUUAGAGAGAGAGGCGCUGGAAAGGCACUGGCUGCGCAGGCGGUGCCAGGCCGAGCGUGUGGCCCGGGCCGUGAGCUCUGGGCUCCGGAGGACGGGCAGGCUCGGCCCGGAAGGUGGCUUCCUGUGUGAGGACCCAUUGGUUCAUAACGCGCUGUUCACAGGAGACAGCCAGAGGGUCCGGCAACUGUUCGACAGCAAGUGGCCGCGGAAUCUGCUCCUGGUGGCUUCAGGGCAUGAGCUCGAGUGGAACUCCGAGAAACCGGGGAUCUGGUCGCUGUGUUACAAGCAGGAGUUUAUUACUCCCCUGCAGAUCACAGCUAGCCGGGGCUAUGACACGUGUCUUCAGCACCUGCUGACCUCUGGGGCAGAUGUAGACUUUGCACCGGGAGGAAAGACCGCUCUCCACGAGGCAUGUGAGAAUUCCCAGACCGAGUGUGUCCGUCUGCUGCUCACAUACGGAGCAAAUCCCAAUGCCUUCUCCGAGGAUGGCUACACCCCUCUCCACCUGUGCUCGUCACCGGAAUCCCUCCGAUGUGCGGAGUUUUUGUUGAAGUUUGGCUGUAGUGUGAACAGUCGGACAGAGGACAAGGACGAUACAGCUCUACACAUUGCAGCACGGUUCGCUCUGGAGGAUCAUGUCUGCUUGUACAUUCACCAUGGAGCAUCAGUCAACAGGAUGAAUGACAGUGGCCAGACCCCACUGCACUGUGUGUGCGCACAGUCCCACAGCCAGCAGGACGCUGACAGAUAUUUCCGUGUCUGUCAGUAUCUGAUUGAGCAUGGGGCCAAUGUGGAAUCGCUGGAUGAAGAGAAGCAGUCCGCGCUGCACAUGGCCUGCCGCACAGUCAAUUACAGGAUGGUGGAUCUACUGCUGAGCAAGGGAAUCGAUGUUAACCGCAUGGACUAUGGGGGAAAUGCCCCAAUGCAUAAAGCACUGCAGGCCGUUGCUUACAAGUUAGAGCAUGAGCCUGAACGCACAGUCCGAUCCCUAUUAAACUAUGGCUCCAUCCGUAUCUGGCCAGGUGCUAUUCCAAAGGUGCUGAGGUUCUGCUCCCAGUCUCCGCGGACAAUCGAGGUUCUCGUGAACGUUUAUGAUCGGCUGAAAGUGACCGAUGAUUGGGUGGAGUCAGUGCCAAUGAAAGUGCUUCAGGAGCACCAGGAUUUCUACGAGUCCCUGUUUGCACUUUCCCAGACACCACGCUCACUGCAGCACCUGGCCCGAUGUGCCAUUCGUGCACACUUCGAAGGGCAUUGCCAGGAUCUAAUCCCUCAACUCCCACUGCCAACUUUCUUAAAGGACUAUCUGUUGCUGCAGUUUCAGGGAUAUGUCAGUUAGUCAGCUGAAGCACAGACACAAACUCCUAAUCGACAAAGGCCAGAGUCCAGUGAAAACAGAACCCAACCCAGCAACACAGACAAAACAGGCCAUUUGUUCAGAACUACUCUCACUUCAUCAAAUUCUAGAUUCUGAAUAAUAACCAAUAAACAUCCACUCCCUCCACCACCGACGCUCAGUCGCAGCAGUGUAUACUAUCUACAAGAUGCACUGCAGAGAUUUACCAGAGAUCAACAAAGACAGCACCUUCCAAAUCAUUACUAUCUAGAAGGAUAAGGGCAGCAGAGACAUGGGAACACCAGCCCCUGCAAGUUCUCCUGCAGGCCCCUAACCAUCCUGACUUGGAAACAGAUUGCUGAUCCUUCACUAUCACUGGGCAAAAAUCCUGGAAUUCCUUCCCUAAUGGCAUUGUGGGUCAACUGACAGCACAUGGACUGCAACAGUUCAAGAAGGCAGCUCACUCCCACCUUCUCAAGGAGCAACUAAGGAUGUGAACCUACAUACCAGGAAUGAACAAAAAAAAUGGCUGGUAAAAGAAAAUGGGUAAAUGUAACCUGGAUAGUGAGUUCAUGCAAUGUUUUCAGGAUAGAUUUUCCGCAUGUUCUGGAGCUGCCCAGAGAACAGGAUAUACCACAUCUUGAGAUCCUUAACACUCUUAAAGUGAAGGAGCCCCUAGACAGCAGUGAUCACAACAUUUUUAAAAUUUUGUAUUCAGUUUGAGAUAGAGUAGAGUGGAUCUGAGACUAUUUUCUCUAACACAAAUGAGGGGAUUUAUGAGGAUAUGGAAGCCAAACCAACAAAAGUGAAUUGGAAUAUUCAAUUAAAGAACAGAUCAAUGAAAAUCAUAGAAUACAGAAGGAGGUUAUUUGGCCCAUUGUGUCUGUCCUACUCCUGAAAGAGAUACCCAGCUAGUCCCAUUCUCCAGCCCUAUAAUUGUAGCCCUCUAACUUCAUCCCUUGCAAAUAUAUAUCUAGCUCACGUCUGAAACUUCCUGUGGAAUCCACCUCCAUCACUCUCCCAGGCAGUGCAUUCCAAAUCCUGACAGUUCUCUGAGUAGAGAUAUAUCUCCCUAUCUCAUUCCUAGCUCUCUCACUCAGAAUCUUGAAAUUGUGAUCCCUCGUUACUGACAUACCAAUGACCGUAAACAGAGUAUCCUUCUUUACCCUGUGAAAAUUGUUCAUAAUCUUUAACACCUCAAUAAGGUCACCUUUUAAUCUUUUUCCAACAAGGAUGAGCCCAAAUUCUCUAGUCUUUCCUUGUAUCUAAAAUCCCUCAUUCCUGGUAUCAUUCUAGUAUAUCUCCUUCAUAAGCUUUCCCGGGGCUUUAACAUUCUUCCUUAAAUAAGGUGCCCAGAACUGAACACAAUAGUCCAAAUGUGGUCUGACCUUUGAUUUGUAGCGGUUUAGUAUCACCUCCUUAUGUUUAUACUCUGUGCCUCGAUUUGUAAACCUAAGGACUCUAUAAGCCUUCGUAACAACUGUUUCCACUUGCCAGGCCACCUUUAGGGAGUUACGUACAUUGAAUCCUGAGGUCCCUCUGCCCCUGUACUUCCCUCAAAGUUGUACAGUUUGAGCCUGCAUUGAAUCUUCAUGUUUCUUCCAGCAAAGUGCAUUACCUCACAUUUCUCUGCGUUGAAAUUCAUCUGCCAAGUUUCUGCCCAUUUCACCAACUUGUCAAUGUGUCUCUGAUGUCACUCAGCAUCAUCCUCACAUUUCACUACUCUCCCUGGCUUAAUGUCACCUGCAAAUUUUGAGAUUUUGCCCUCAGCUCCUGCCUCUAAAUUGUUUAUAUAAAUCAGGAAAAGCAAAGGUCCCAACAUUGCUCCCUGGGGAAUAUUACUUUCAACUCACCUCCAAUCUGAGAAAUGUUCAUCUACACCGACCAAACAUUUUGAAUUUGGUAACCAACUGGCCAUAUCAUGCUAUAAAUUGAUUUUUAUCAUCUUCCUACUUAAUAUUGAAUGUUAUUAUGUUGUGGUCACUAUUUCCAAACUGCUUCCCAGUCUGACAUUGUCAACUUGGCCUGCCCCAUUUACAGUCGCAGAGUCAAACAGUAUGCAAUCAGACCCUUCAGUCCAAGUAACUCUGACCAAUCAUGUUCCCAAAUGAAAUUAGUCCCACCCACCUGGGUUUGGCCCAUAUCCCUCUGAACCUUUCCUGUUCAUGAACACAUCCCAACGUCUUUUAAACAUUGUAACUGUGCCAGCAUCCACUACUUCCUCCAGCAGUUCAUUCCACACACUAACCACUCUCUGUGUAAAGAAGUUCCUUCUCAUCUCCUUUUUAAAUCUCUCCCCUUCUCAACUUAAAAAUAUGUGCCGUAAGUUUGAAUUUGCCCACCUGAGGAAAAAGACCUUUGCUAUUUAUCUUCACCAUGCCCCUCAUGCUUUUGUAAACCUUUACAAGGCCAGCCCUCAAACUCCUACACUCCAGAGCAAAACGUCCCAGCUUAUGCAGCCUCUCUUAUAGCCCAACCCCUCAAGCCCAGCAUCUACCUGUUUUCCAUUAUCAACUCUGGUUGUUAUGUCUUCAAACCUAACAAAUUUAUCCCUUUUACUCUUUGAUGGUAUUAAACUUUUGUAAAUGUUCUGUUAUUUCUUCUUUAAUAAUGGAUUCUAAUAUUUUUUUCCAUAACACAUGAGGCCAACUGGAAACAGAUAGGAAAGUAAGUUAUGAAGAGGACAUAAACAGUUUCAUAAAGAGGUUUAGCUUGGUUCCAUGAGUAGCCGAAGAUCUGGCAAUAGAGUAUAAUUUAUGAAAAUGUGAAUGUGUCCAUUUAACAGAAAGAACUUUUU